CCUACAACUUCUCAUGUGACCUUGCUGGAGUGGGCGGAGUGUAGCACCGCUCCUACUGCUUAGCUUUCGGCUAACUCGCCCAGUGUGUCCGUGCCUACCGGCUUUUCCACUCCUGACUCCAACUUCGCACCGGGUACCCGACCAACCCAUUAUCAGACAUGAAGAUCUGGACAUCAGAACAUAUAUUCAACCAUCCUUGGGAGACGGUGACCAAGGCUGCCAUGCAGAAGUACCCAAACCCCAUGAACCCCAGUGUGAUUGGAGUUGAUGUCCUGGACAGAUCCGUAGACAAGCAGGGAUGCCUGCACAGUAAACGACUGCUUAGCACAGAGUGGGGCCUCCCCUCUAUAGUAAAGUCUAUCAUUGGCAACACACGGACAUGCACGUACAUCCAGGAGCACUCUGUUGUAGACCCCAAAGAAAAGGUUUUUGAACUUCAGUCCUCAAAUAUCACCUUGACAAACUUGAUAUCUGUGGAUGAGAAGUUGACGUACAAACCCCAUCCUCAGGAUCCAGAAAGAACGGUAUUGACUCAGGAAGCCAUCAUCUCUGUGAAGGGAGUGAGCCUCAGUAGUUAUCUGGAGGGAGUCAUGGCCUCAACCAUGAAUACCAACGCUGGCAAGGGGCGUGAGGCGAUGGAAUGGGUCAUCAGACGUCUAAACACGGAGAUCGAGGAGCUGGCGGCAACGGCCCGCAGCACAAUACGCACGCCCAUGGCUGCGGCGGUUACAUCGAAAUAACACUGUCACUUUCGGUCCACAACCCACCCCUUUGUGUCUGGGUGCCAAAAACACUACAAAGACUACAAAAAUGUCGCCAUGCAUCAGCAUCCCCCACCUCCCUUCCUUUUUAGUGUUAGAUUCGGUGCCUGUUCUACGUGUUCCAGAGUUGCAUAUCCCUCCAUUUGCCAUGAACUGCUGUCUACAUUAGAUAGGCAUUCGUGCGCCAAACUGCAGUGUGGAGGGGGACUCUGAAACAGGGUUUCCGGGCGUGGUGUUAGCCCUGUUGAGGACGGCAUUAUAGAGAAAGGCAAACAGGUGCAAGACUCCAGAGACAGUUGUUCAACACCACCCAUGUUCGAAAUGGACAAAGAGUGGGUCAACGUUUGCUGUUACAGGUAUAGGCAUCUUUCGGUUAUUUAUUAUACGUUUUAGUUUAUUAUUUGCUUUGUUUUUCAAAGGUGCCAAAGUCUAUAGAUGCACUACUCCCUUUUUUGGGGACCUUGGUGAGCAUCAAUACUGUGGGCUGUAGGACCUCAGAAUGCUAGUCCUUUACCGAAGUACGGAGUCUUUACCAAGGUUGGUUUUGUAGAACAUUGUUUUUUGGUCGGGUGUAUGAAUGCAAUGUCACGUUUGUCCUGGGUCUGCUUUCGAGGAUUGGAGAUCUGUAGGGUACCAGAACGUAGCUAAGUCCCACGGUCUCAUGAAGAGAGAAGGGCAAGGCACAGCCGCUGAGGAAUGUGAGUCAACAGGGUUUUUCAUGGCUGAUGUUCUACAGCUCUAUUGAGCCUCGACAUUGUCACCAUGGAUUCCCUUCCAAACUAUGAACUGAUGAGAUUGUUAGAGCCAAGCCUGUAUACAUGUGAUGUUCUUGUAUGAUUCAUUUAAUUUAAUAUUUAUGUAACCUGAAGGGAUCAAGACACACAGCACGGAUUUAUGUUUUGAGGAAUUGAACUGGACCAUCUUCAGUGUGUUGGCAAGCACUUAUAUGCUGAAACGGUUGGAGUGGUAAUAACUAUUCUACUGUUUUUGAUUGUUGAAGCUAAACACCAGCACUUUAACAAACCAACAAAUAUCUGAACAUGACCACUGAUAAUAAUGCCAGUUUUGUAUUUUUAAAAUAAUACUGCCUGGGGAUCUACUGUCUUUUACCAGUAUAAUGAUAUACAACAGGUCCUGAGUGGAUGGGACUGAGCUCGCACUUGGAACCAAAAUACAUUUUGUUAGAACAAAGCUGCUUAACAUAACUAGGGAUUUUGUGAACAAUUGUUGUUAGCCUUAUAAUAAGCUAACUUCUGAAAGAAAUGUGCAAUUCAAGCAGUUUUCAUAUGUAAAAAGUCAAUUGUGAAGGCUAUCUGUGUAUACUAUUAAAGAUUAUUUAUUAUGUGAAA